AUGUCGGAUGAUUCCGAUAUUGAAAUUAUGCCCUCCCCGCCACAACCAGGUCCUUCUCGUCAAACCGCCCCAAAAUAUCUUCGGAAACAGGAAAUAACGCAAGAAGUGGCACAGUUGGAUGCGGAGCUCCUGAAUAUAAACGACGACAUAAAAAAGCUCCAAGUACGUCUCUUGUUCCACAAACAUCGCGUCAUUCAACCAAGCAAGGCUCUUGCCGCACUUCGGACAGACGAUCGCAACAAACUCCUCGCCGAGCUUGAGGAACUGACUGCACCGACCAGCAACAAGGGGAAAGGAAAGGCGACAGGGACAGACUACACCGCAUCCGACUUUCCAUGGUCAAGUGAACUCCAAGGCCACCUUCAUAAAGUGUUCAAUAUUCGGUCUUUCCGUCUGUGUCAAGAAGGCGCAUGCAAUGCCAAUAUGGACGGCCGUGAUAUCGUCUGUGUCAUGCCUACAGGUGGUGGCAAAAGCCUUACCUACCAACUUCCCGCCUUGUUGAACCCAGGCUGCACCCUGGUCAUAUCCCCUUUGAUAGCUCUGAUAACCGACCAAAUUCUCCAUCUUCGUGACGCUGGAAUCGAGGCAGUCAAACUCACAGGUGGGACUUCUAAACAAGAAGCGCGCGACAUAAACAAUCGACUGAUCGCAAUGGCCAACGGUAAAAGAGGCCAGCACGAAAAGGAGAUCAAGUUAUGUUACGUAACGCCGGAGAAGAUUGGCAAAAGCAAAACGUUUUUGGCGAUGUUGCAGAAACUAGUGGAUGGGGGGCAAUUAUCGCGCAUAGUCAUAGACGAAGCGCACUGUGUCUCCCAACUAGGCCACGAUUUUCGACCCGACUAUCAAAAGCUUCAUAUACUCCGCCAACGCUUCCCUCGCAUUCCAAUCAUGGCCCUGUCUGCGACGUGCCCUCCAGAAGUCCUGCGCGAUCUCCUCCGAACUCUAGGAAUGAAACCAGUAGCAGAUGGCUCAAGAACGUACACUCAAGCUGGUGCCACGGUCUAUUUUUCGUCGCCACUCUACCGCCCUAAUCUACACUACAAUGUGCUACCAAAACCGGCGUCAGCACAGGCAGCCAUAGUGGCUAUGAAAGACUAUAUCCUUGAGCAUCAUCGCGAUCACACUGGGAUUGUCUAUUGCUUCACUAGGAAGGAUGCAGAACGUGUCGCGGAGGGCCUGCUCAAGGAGAGCGACGGAAAAAUCAAGACGGGCGUAUACCAUGCUGAACGCCAUGACGAAGAGAAAGAGAAACUCCAUCGACAAUGGCGCAAGGGCGAUAUCAAAGUGGUUUGCGCUACCAUUGCGUUCGGACUAGGCAUUGAUAAAGGCGACGUACGAUUCGUCAUACAUCAUUCCCUCUCUAAGUCUCUCGAUGGGUACUAUCAAGAAAGCGGGCGAGCAGGACGGGACGGCAAAGAUUCCGAUUGCCUAUUGUUCUACCGCCCAGCGGACUUUUCUCACAUCUCAGCGAUGAUGGCCGGCGAACGGGAUGGUGCAUCAAAACUCCACUCCAUGUUAAACUUUGCGCAGGAUAUGCGGGAAUGCCGCAAAAUCGCCUUUGCCAAAUAUUUCUCGCACUCCUCGCAACUCUCCAUGUCUGCUUGGACGACAGCGGAGAAGAACGCUUUAGCUCCUUGUAAUCACUGUGAUAACUGCAAACGCUCGCCGGACAGCUAUAGUCAACGCGAUGUUACUCUGGAAGCAUGGCAAGUGUUACGUGUGGCCGAUGCUGUCAAGGCCACUGGCGGCCAACUGACGCUUGCGAUGCUGGCUGACCUCGCUCGUGGGGCCGGAGGAGGAAGCUAUGAGGUUGGCGGAGGUCGUCGAGGGAAGCACAAGAUGGAUCUUAACCUCGGACUUGUGUGUGGUGGCAAAGUCGGACUGAAGAAAGACGAACUCGAGACUCUCCUGGUUGAGCUGCUGGUACACAGAUACCUAGUGGAGAGUUACCACCAAACAGCAUACAGCACUGUGGUAUAUCUCGAGACUGGUGCAAUCGCACUGCGACUCACGCGAGUCCCUCGAGACCGUUUGUCAAGCUCAGAACACGUGCCCAAGAUAGAAUGUUGCUUUCGCUCAAUCACUCGGAAAAGUAAAGCCAAGAAAUCCGCAGCAGAGGGCUCUGGAACGAAAGGUGCCGGUAAACGAAAACGUCAAACGGAUAGUUCAGAUGAUGAGGAGGAGGAGAGCGAAAGGGAUGAUGAACCACCUCAAAUGGAAGAUUCGUCAGAAUCAGAGACAGCAGCGGGAUGGAGUUAUUCGAUGCGCGAUGGCUCUACGAAGAGAAGACGAACGGAGAGUAAAGCAACGGAGCCGGAGGUUAUAGAAAUAGAUUGA